UAAGUUGCACAUGCGUAGUACGUUCAAUCACAUGCAAGAGUGAUGUUAAAGUGAAAAUUACGUUAUUUGUGGUUGUGAAGCUUACAAAUUAAACAACUAUGUUGCUUGUACUUGAAGAUAAGCACAAGGAACAUCUGUCCUUUCUGAACGAUGUCGGCACCGACGUGGUACAAGAAUUCUGCAAAAUCAGUUUGAAUUUCAUCAGAAAAGGAGCUAACCCCAAAGUUUAUCAAAGUGCAUCACAAAAACUGGAAGUUAGUCCUGAAGUGGUCAAAAAUGGAGUUGAGGGACUGAUGUACCUUCUCACUGAGGGCUCCAAGUUGAUGCUGAAUGAGAUCGACUUCCAAGACUCCAUCCUGUGUCUGGGAUUCAGCGAGGAGAUGCAGCAGGCCAUCCUGCAGGUGUACCUCGACAACCGGAGGGAGGUCCGAGCCACGCUGGCGGAGAUGGCCAUGGACCUCCCACACUACCACGACCUGGAGUGGAGGUUCGAUGUCCAGCUUGCUUCGCGAUCAUUGCGGAGACAAACAACGCCCCAGAUUGUGUGUAAACUUCACCUGAAGGAUUGUGGGAAGGAUGAAAGACACGUGAUGAUCACAGAUCCUGUCAAUCUUCUACAUAUGACCAAGGUCUUAGACGAAGCAUUACAAGAAAUGAAGUCGCCAUACUGUCGUAGAAUUGUCCGGAAUAUUAAGUGAUUUUCCGUGUUGUAUUCAUGAUAGUGUUUGUAUAUAUUGCUAACGAGAUUCCUUAUUGGUGAAAUGUUUCUAAGAGUUAGAAAUAUUGCUCUUAAAAACAUGAGUACCUCUUAUUCCAUAUGAACAGAGGUUAGCAUCAAGGGAUGUUGGCCAUCAAAAUAUCAUGGGCUCCGUCAAUGCUGGCUCAGGCUGAUGGGUUUAGAGUAUUUCUCAAAACCAUAGGGUGAAAAUAUGAAUGAAAAGAUAUUUUUUUAACUCAUCCAACAAAACGUAUGAACAGUUGGGUGAAAGAAACAGUGAGAGAAAUGUGUUGUUUGUCUGCUUCAGUGAAUGGCUUUAAAGAGUUACCUCCCUUGCUAUAGGAAUCGACAAGCUCCUCACAGCGAUAGCCCGUUCGCAGAGCUCUCUAUACUAUCGCUGCCACCAGUCAAAACUCCCCACUGUGAUAGGUGGCCACAACUAUGCUUGGAGUUAUGAUUACCAACAAGUGACGACUGUCGUGACGCCAAAUACACUUACCCCUGCUAAAUUACUUUGUUUGUUUGUCAGUUUAAAUUUCUGUUAUAUUAAAACCAUCAUGUUAUUGAUAUAGUAAGAAUGUAAGGGAGAAGUUGGUUGAUUUUCCGUUAGUCUGCACUCUCGAACCAAUCUGAUUAUUAAAACAACAAAGUAAAUUCAUCUGGAAAAUAUGAUCAGUAGUAAACCUUUUCAAAAUGAAAUAUGAUGGCAUUCCCAAAGACAUAAACAAAAGUAUAAACGUUACUACAUUUGGGGUUAGGGGGCAAAUUUCAAGAUUCUUGUAAUGGCCGCGCCCACACUGGUGGCAGCGAUGUUACCGAGAGUGUAAGGAAGGUGUCGCGCGCUGGGAAGGAGCUUGAGGAAUCGAGUUGACUCAUUCCCAAAACACUGGCGUGUCAGAGCGGGGGUGCAGGGGUGCCCACCCCCUUGUUUCAGACACCAUACAUGUUGACUGCACCCUCGGCUACGUCAUCUCAUGGCUUGGCAUUAUCACCCCCUUCACCAAACUCCUGGAUCAGCCUAAGUAAGACUCAGCAGAAUGAAAGUAAGAUUAGUCUCAAAUUGUUUAUUGACAAAUGUGUGAAGUUUGUGUUCACAGAUCUGUGAACAAAGUAACGAACACACACAGAUCCUUGAUGGCAGUUUCAAGGAAGGGAGGGCUUGUGUGAAAUUUGCAAGGCCUACCAACUGGCCCAAGUGUAGUCUACCUUUAAACAAGCACCAGGCAUGUACACCCAGUGCAUGUUUUAGUGAUGGACUGAGGACAAACUUGCCUAAGAACCCUCGAACACAACUGUUCUGUAUGAACUCGUAUCAUAUAGUAUGUAACUUAUGUGUAAAUAUAAUAUAUUUCUGAA